CACCGCAGGCUCCGCGCAGCCGCCCCGCUCCGCUGCCCAGGAAUGAGGAUACUGCAAGAUGCUCAACUCCAGCAGCAGCCCCUCGGGCAGCAACUGCAGCCACAGCACGGCGGUCACCACCACGGUCAUCCCGCUGCUCUACUGCCUCAUCUUCCUUGCCGGGCUCUCGCUCAACGCCCUGGCAGCCUGGCUCUUCCUCUACGUGCCCAGCACUAAGAGCUUCAUCGUCUAUCUCAAGAACAUCGCCGUGGCCGACCUCCUGAUGAGCCUGACGUUCCCGUUCAAAAUCCUGGCUGACUCGGGGCUCGGCCCUGCCCAGCUCAGCCUGUUCGUGUGCAGGUACUCGGCCGUCGUGUUCUACAUGAACAUGUACAUCGGCAUCUCCUUCUUCGGCCUCAUAGGCUUCGACAGGUACUACAAAAUCGUCAAGCCUCUGUUCACCUCCUUCGUCCACACAGUUAACUACAGCAAGGUGGUCUCUGCGAUCAUAUGGCUGUUACUAAUGAUUAUGUCAUUUCCCAACAUGAUUUUAACUAAUGAAAUCGCUAAGGACAGUUACUCCACAAAAUGUAUAGGUCUUAAAAGCGAGCUUGGCAGACAGUGGCACAAGGCAACAACUUACAUUUGCACAGGGAUUUUCUGGAUUGUUUUUUUCCUGCUAAUCAUAUUUUACACUUCUAUAUCCAAAAAAAUAUACAGCUCUUACAAAAAAUUCCAGAGGAACUCAGACACGGCCAAGAGAAAAACCAGCCGGAACAUAUUCACCAUCAUGUUUGUGUUUGUCAUUUGCUUUGUGCCCUACCACCUCUGCAGGACCCCAUACACCUUGAGCCAGACCAGCUCCCAGUUCACCUGCCAGUCCCAAAAAUCGCUGUUCUACGCCAAGGAGUUCACUCUGGUGCUGUCUGCAGCAAACGUCUGCCUUGACCCCAUUAUUUAUUUUUUCCUCUGCCUCCCCUUUAGAGAAAAGCUGUAUCAAAAACUGCACCUCAAGCCGAAAGCUUCAAGUGAGGUUGAAAUUUCUAAAUCCAGAAGAUCAAAUACGCUUGGGGAAAGCAUAAACAUAGUGUAGGUUUGCAUCUCCACAAUAACGCACAUUUCAGGAAAUUAUUCAUGAACAGAGAAGAAACAAGAGCACAGGACAACCAGCAACAAGCAGGAGAGGGGCUCAGCAAAACACCAGGUGCUACUUCCCUGCCUAAACCCAGUACUGCAUGUGCCAAUAUAUUCACUGUGUGCUGUGCCAGCUGAUGCCCUGAUGGCAUUGGGGUGUGACACGACCCAGGAUCUCAGGAACACAGAGGGCAGCACCUGGAACAGCACACCCUGGAGCUCCAGGCCCUGGGUCUCUGACAGGACCAUCCAACAGACCCAAAGCCACAGCAAUCUGCUUCUCUGGACUUGCAUGAACAGGAACAUCCCCACACCAAACUGCAGCCGCUCCCUCAGUGCUGGUGCAGCAAGAGGGAGGAGCACCACGGAGCCAUCUGGGAACAUUCAAGUACAGCUGUGUAAAAACUCUGGUGCAUUUAAAUCCAGAAAGAAAGGUUUGCUGGUUUUCUGUGAUUUUUACACAGCAACAAAGCAUUUCUGUCUGUACCAGAACAACAGCUGAAAGCCACCAACCUGCUCUAUACAAAUAUAAUCUUUGUUAUAGCUUUAUUUUUCAGAGCAGCUUUUUUUUAAUUGAUUUUAUUAUUGUACAGGAAAAACAUACCAGGGCCUAAAGUAUCCACUAAAGC